UACAACCACAACGUUUCUGAGAUAUUUGCAAAACUCUGGACCGCAGGUGUCUAUGGUGGGGAACGAACGCGCUAUUAUCCUUUACGGGGAGUAACGCGUUCACCACCACACCAUGCGGGUCCUUUGUUUCGCACGUCUCUCAGCUAUUUCUAUCGAUCUUUUUGCCACAGCAAUCACCCGAUAAUAGCGCGUUCGUUCCCCACCAUAGACACCUGCGGUCCAGAGUUUUGCAAAUAUCUCAGAAACGUUGUGGUUGUAUUUCGCUUAGUAACCUGCCAUGAAAAUUAUAGAAAGAAGGUGAUAUUUCAGCAACAACAACCUGCCAAAGAUGGAGAUGCUCUAUUGCGACAGUUUUCCGCCAAUUUACAUCGAAUCGAGAAGGAUGUCGAACGAUGUGAUCGUAACCUCAUUUUCUUUUCGAAUAAAGAAAACCUCGAAACCCUACGGAGAGCGAUGGUGACGUAUGUGUGGCGGAAUCUUGAAGACGGUUACAUCCAAGGAAUGUGCGACAUCAUGGCACCGCUUCUAGUCGUCUUCGAAGAUGAGGCGCUUACAGUGGAGUGCUUUACCAUGCUAAUGGCUCGGCUACGAGAUAACUUUCCACACAGAACUGGCAUGGAUAUCUGUUUGAUGAACUUCCGCUCCUUAAUCCAGGUUGUUGAUCCUCAAAUUUUCGCCCUUCUUACCUCUACUUCUGACGCCACUCAUCUUUAUUUCAGUUAUCGGUGGUUCCUGCUUGAUUUCAAGCGAGAACUGUCGUACGAUAGCAUCUUCCGAGUAUGGGAAACGAUCUGGGCGGCGGCGAGAACAUUCACUCCACAUUUUCCGCUAUUUUUCGGUUUAGCGAUGGUGACGAACUAUCGCGAAGUGAUAGUCGCCAAUAAAAUGGACUUUACGGACAUGAUCAAAUUCUUCAAUGAAAUGUCAGAACGCCAUGACUGUUCACGUCUUCUUACAGCCGCUCGAACACAUGUUCGACGUCUUCAGAAUCUGGUCCAGCAUCUACGGUAG